GAUGAUUACCAGUUUACCACCAAUUCCAUGCCCAAGGGUCCAGGCCGAGCGCGGUUGGUUCCGGCCAAGCAGCCAUGGCUCUGCGGGUUGCGACCUCGAUCGCAGAAGCAGGAGCGCUGCCAUCGCCAUUUCCUUUUUCGUCGCACGUCGCUGCUCUAUUUCACCUCGUCGAUCUGGUUGGGCCCAGACCAAAUAGACCCAGAUUGGCUUCUUCGCGCGCCGACCCGGACGACCCCCAAUCCUCCUCGUCCAAGCCUGAGAAGAAGCUCAAGCUCGCCGACCGUCUAUCCGCCGUUAUAGACGUCGUCAACGAUCGUAAACUCCCUCCUGAACUCCGUGGCCAACGAAACAACGUCAGGUCAGAAACCGAUAUCAUUAAUGUUGUUGAGCAGAGAAUAUGGCAUUCCAUGGAAGAAGGUCAGUUUGAGAACUUGCCAGGAAAAGGCAAACCGCUCGAUCUUAGUUCUAACCCUCAUGCAGACCCGGCGGAAGACACAUUGUACAGGAUACUCUCAAAAAAUGGAUGUGCACCUGAGUGGGUUGAACUUAACAAGGAGAUACGAGGAAAAAUCAAUGAAUGGCGGUUGGCCCUGAAGAAAGCACAAGCUGACAGAUUAAAUGGAAAUAAUGCCAAAUGGAUUGAAGACUCUGAGGUUCUCAAGGUGCAGUUGCAUGAAAUCAAUGAUAAGGUCUUCCGUUAUAAUCUCAUUGUUCCUUUUGGACGCCAGAUGUUUGGACUCAAGUGGGAGAAAGAAUUGGAUCGAUUAGAUGGAUGAUCCCUCAAUUUUUAGGUUUUGUAUUUCCCUUGUGUAUCUUAUUUAUAUUUAUUGUGUGAUGGGGAUUAUUGGUAUCUUUAGAUGGACUUUUGGUUCCAUAUUAUGUUAUGAAUGGACGUGAUAUGGAUGACCCAUGAAUGAGGAAUACAGAAUUAUAUCUAC